AUGGAUAGGAAUGAAACUCAUAGGCUUGCGAUCAAACAAACUUUUAUUGGUCGAGGCUGCGCGAAGCGUAAGAGUUGCUUGGAUUGGUCAAAAGUGAUAGAUGUCGUCGUAUUUGCCUCCUUCCGAGAUAUUUGCUUUGUUAUACCAAAUGAAAGUAGUCGGUGCACUUCUAUUAAUCAGACGGUGGAAGCUCAUGAUUCCUCAGUAACUUGCUUGAAGUUCUUGUAUCGUCGUUCAAACUGUAGCGAAGAUGUGGAUUACUUAUUAACAGGAAGCGCACGUGGAAAUGUUCGUUUGUGGGCAGUGAGCUUGUCAGAAAAAUCCGUAGUUGUCGCAUUGAUUAGUGAUUUCGUGAAUAUAGCGGUUGGACCUAUAAACUGUUGUACUGGUGUUGUAUUAGACUUUAUUUCAAACGAUGUUAUCAUUAUUGGUUACGCUUUACCAAACAGUUUGCUAAAUGUUGAACGACUAACUGUUAGGAAGCAUCCUAUGGAGUUAGUUCAAAAAGAGAGCUAUGGAUCAAUUUCAGUCAAACCUGCUUUAAUCGUUUCUCUUGCUGUUUACAGAGCUUCAGCUGAGAAUGUAUUGUUCAUUGUAGGAACAACCAGUAAUAAUAUUGAUUUGAUUUGUGCAUCAUGCACUGGUGCAUUAUGGUUACAAAAAGUUUCGAGCGUUCGAGGGCAUUCUGACUGGGUUUGUACCAUAAGUAUAAGUGAGUAUGAAAAUAACAUUUUGGUAGCUACAGGAGGGAAUGAAAGUGUCAUUCGCAUUUGGCGCUUUGAUUUGUACCAAAAUGAUACGAACGAGGUUAAAGAAAGUAACACAGCUGCGGUAGUAGUGUCAUUCAAUUUAUUUGAUCCAAUCAGUGAUGCUUCUCAUUAUACACUUCAUAUUUCUCUCUUAAGUAUCUUAAAUGCUCAUCAUGAUUGGAUCUGUUCUCUGGAUUGGCAUCCUUAUAAGAUGUGGCUCUUGAGUUCAUCAAAUGAUAAAACAGUUAUUGUAUGGGAAUCUGCAGAAACUGAUCCUAAUUUAUGGUCAGAUAGAGCACGCAUGGGUAGUAUUGGAGGACAGGCUGUUGGUUUUUUUGGAGCAUGUUUUUCGUCAGCUGGUUCCACCAUUCUAGCAUAUACGUACUUUGGUGGUUUUUGCUCAUGGCAGCUAGAAAAAAAUAACAGUUGGAAGAGUGUAGCAACUUUUGGUGGGCAUUCAGGACAAGUUAAAGAUAUUGCUUGGGAUCCUACUGGAAGUUAUUUAUUAUCAUGCUCAUGCGAUCAAACAACUAGAUGUUAUGCUCCUUCUGCUGAUGAUGCUACUGAUGAAAAAAUAUUUCGAGUUUUCACAACACCACGUAGUUUUAUCAGAACGUUGAGAAUUGUUUCGAAGUUUGACUGUAAUCAGUUGGUUCUGGAUGAACUGCAGCUUGCUCAGCGCAAUGUUAGUAUUCCAGCAUUAGGUUUAUCAAAUAUGGUUUUGCAUAGUGAAGACAGCGAAAAUAAUGAAGAUUUCUAUAAUAGCAGUGAGUAUAACAGCAGUAUAUUCGAAGAAGGAUUGCAAGUCGAGGAAAAACUAAUGGAGAGCACGUUGUGGCCAGAAAUUCAGAAACUGUAUGGGCAUGGAUUUGAAGUGUUUACAGUUGCAUCAAAUCAUUCUGGAACACUUGUAGCAACUUCGUGCAAGGCAAGUACGGAGGAAAAUGCCUUUAUUCUCAUUUGGGACUCUGAUCAAUGGAGGCACCGAUGUCACAUACGAUGCCAUAAACUAACAGUAGUGCAGCUUGCGUUCUCAAAUAGCGAAUCAUUUUUAUUGUCUGUUUCCCGUGACAGGACUUUUGCUAUUUCAGCCCGUUCUUCUCGAAAUCUUUAUGACUGGAGAGUUUUGUUGACUUCAGAGCAAAAGUAUAGUAAAGUACACACACGUAUUAUUUGGUGUUGCUCUUGGAGUCCUGAUGACAGAUAUUUUGUUACAGGAUCUAGAGAUAAAAAGCUCUGUAUUUGGUGUUUUGAUGGUAAGGAUAUUCAACUUCUUUUACAAAAAAAGUAUGCACAUGCUGUCACAGCUGUAGACUUCUUGCCAGAGCAGUGUAACAAUCAUUACAUUCUGGCACUUGGUUUUGAAAAUGGCAACAUUAAAAUUGAGAGAUGGAGUCCUGCUGAAAGUGAUAAUAAUGACAGUACCAGCUGCUUGAAUCAUCUAUCAGCUCAUUCAGAAACAAUAAAUACAUUGAGGUUUCGUCCAAUAAAAGGUUCUUGGUUAAAUGGCGCAUCAGAAAAUAAUAUGUGGGAGCUGGCAUCAGCAAGUGAUGACUCUUCGGUCAAAGUUCACCAGCUAAUUUUAUCAUAA